GCGGCUGCUCAGCUCAGCUGCUGCAGUCCAGUGGUGGUCCCGAUAUCCAAGUGGGUGGUUGUGGUACUUGUUUGCCCUGUGUUUAAACUUGUGUCAGUUUCCGUUUUCCCCUAUUGUCAUUAAAGGGAAAGGUGAAGAAAUUCAAGCAUCUUGAGCGAAAUAUCAAGCAUCAGGUGCAGCCGCGUAGGAAGAACAGGCCUCCUAGGAGUGAGUACUCCAUGAGUGGGGCAGCAAGGGUCUCCUCGGGAGUGAUUUUUCACCUGCUCCCCAGAGGUGGAGGUAGCAGGGCAUGGAUCUACAACGUGUUGCCAUGGCCAGGACUUCCCCUGACUUGAAUCUUCUGGCAUUACUGUUAUGCUUGCUUUUUCCUCUUCAUUUAGGUAGUCCAUUAACCAGCAAAGAUUGGGAUUUUCACGAAAAUGACAUAUCAUAUGACCAUGCAACUCCUACAACACAAGAGGAGAAAGAAAGGGUGGAAAAAUUUGACAUCUCUAAGCUUAACUAUACAGCAAUACUUUUGGAGCUUGAGAAAGGGUUAAAUGCUAUGAAGAAACGAGAGGGCCGGUUUUUAGAAGGGCCACGUCUGCCAAGAUUUUUUACAGAUCUAGGAAAGUUCCUCGAUCUUGAACAAGUCGUGAAUGAAAUUGAAACUUCCAUCAUGUCAACUGCCUCUUGCACUGCUUGCAAAGUUGGUGUGGGUAUGCUGCAAAAGUUUGUCCAAAAUGGCAUGAUAAAAGAAGAUAUCAUCAAGGCAGCAUCUGGAUUUUGCAUUUCCUUACGUAUCGAGACAACACGAGUCUGCCUUGGCAUUGUCAAUCUUAUGGCAGAUGAAGUUGUAUAUGUGGUGGAAAAUCUUGUUAUGAGCCCUGAUGAGAUUUGUGGCUUUGUCAUUGGAGACAUCUGUGGAAUACCAUACAAUCCUUACCAUAAGUGGAAAGUGGCUUUCCCUCCUGUACAAAAACCUCCUGUUCAACAUCCCAAGUCCUCUUCUACAGGAAUGCCAACCUUGAAAGUGCUUCAUCUUUCGGAUACGCACUAUGACCCAGAAUAUCAAGAAGGUUCCAAUGCUGACUGCGAUGAGCCACUGUGCUGUCGUGCCUCCUCCGGUCCAGUAAAAUCUCCAGGUGAUCGGGCUGGCUAUUGGGGGGAUUAUCGCAAAUGUGACACACCAUCAAGGACCAUUCACAGCAUGCUGCAACAUAUUGCUCAAGCACACCCAGAUAUAGAUUAUAUCAUCUGGACUGGAGAUUUGCCACCACAUGAUAUCUGGAAUCAGACAAGAGAGGGCAACCUGGAUGUCAUAAGAGCUACUAUUAACCAAAUGAUGGUAUACUUUCCCAAAACUCCAAUUUUUCCAGCUCUAGGUAAUCAUGAAUCAGCACCAGUCAACAGUUUCCCCCCACCAUUUGUCAUGGAUAACCAUGGAGUGGGAUGGCUUUAUGAAGAGCUGGCUUAUCAGUGGCAGCGAUGGUUACCAGAAGCAUCAUCACCAACAAUAAGAAAAGGUGCUUUCUACUCAGUGCUUGUGCGACCAGGCUUCAGAAUAAUUUCCCUCAAUAUGAAUUACUGCAAUAACAAGAACUGGUGGUUGCUGUUGAAUUCAACUGAUCCAGCACAAGAGCUACAAUGGCUGAUUUAUGAGUUACAGAAUGCUGAGGACAAGGGUGAAAAAGUUCAUAUUCUGGGCCACAUUCCACCUGGCCACUCUGACUGUUUAAAGGUGUGGAGCCAUAACUACUACACCAUUGUUAACAGGUAUGAGGCGACCAUUACAGCCCAGUUCUUUGGUCAUACACACUAUGACGAAUUUGAGUUGUUCUAUGAUGAAAAUGAUCGGCAUCGAGUGACAAACAUUGCCUACAUUGGACCUUCUGUGACAUCAUACUACAAGUUAAAUCCUGGUUAUCGUAUUUACUAUGUGGAAGGAGAAUUUCCCACCUCUCAAAAGGUGGUGACUGAUCAUGAGACAUGGGUGAUGAAUUUGGAAGAAGCCAACAGAUAUGGGCAUCCAAGAUGGUACCAACUGUACUCAGCCCGCAGAGCUUAUAACAUGAGGAAUCUACUGCCAGAAGAGUGGAAUCGCUUGGUUUACAAGAUGGCUCUUGAUGACAACCUAUUCAGAAAAUACCAGAGAUUUUACUGGAAGAAUUCAGUGGCAAGAGAAGACUGUGAUUCAGAGUGCAAGAAACGAAUGUUGUGUGAUCUCAAGUCUGGGCGCUCUAAUGACCGAAAAUAUACCUGUGCAAAGAUCACUGAACAGGUUGAAAUCCAGGAGCGUACUGAUUGGACUGACUGGAUCUACUCAGGCUUUAGCAUCACGUCCCUGGCUGUUGUCAUUCCAGUGGCUGCUGUGGUAAUACCAAAUGUUUUGUAUUUUUUCUUCUUCUGACUUUAGAACCGAGCUAAUUAAAGAAUGAAUAAUUAUCAUAAAAAAGAAGAGGGACCAAUACAAGUGCUUUUCUAGGAUUAUCAUACUGAACUCAGGUAGCCUACAGGAACUGCAAGAGGCAUGUCUACAAUAAGUAGUAUGUGUACUGGAUAGUAGGUUGUAAUUUUUAAUACAUCAAAAGCACAACUGCUGAUAAAU